GCAGAUCAGUCCCCAAAAACCGACAUGAUCUUCAAGGCUUUGUUCGUUGUUGCGUGUGCCGCACCGUUGGCUCAUGGCGGGACCAUAGCGCAGUCGAAUCAUUUCAUCGAUGAUCUCCUCGGCACCAGGAUCAGGAGUGAAGCAAGUGCCUACCAUCUCGACGGAGUCAGCGUUGGUGACUUUACUUUGGAAAAGAUAAAGAGCAACUCCUUGACCAACCGGGAUAUCAAAGGCAACUUCACCAACGGUUUCGUGAGGGGAUUGACCGGCAUCAAAAGAGCCGGCGACUGCUCUCCUACUGCCUGGAUCGGCGGCAACAUCACGCUCUCAUGCAAGUUGGACAUCAACUCCGUGUUCGCGGAAUGGAAGUUCUCCGUCAAGGGUCAUACGCUGUCCGGGAACAUCAAGGAAGUGCCCGCCAAAGCUCAGCUGAAAGAGACCACCGCGCUAUUCGAGGCGUCAGCUUUCCCCAACCGCUCCGUUUCCCUGCGAACCUUCUACGUUGAGAAGAUGAAAUUCAAGAUGGAAGUCGAGGACCUGGGUCUCAACGAUGAGCGCAAGAAGAACCUCUACGAUCAGCUCGAGAAGAAAGCCACCGCCGAAUUGUACAAUACUUUCUACAACCAGUACUCGAAGGCUUUGAGCAACGCUCUCACUCGCAACGGACUAGUCUUACCCCCGGUCUGAGAUCGGAGUGACCGCAGAUACCUAUAUAUCCUCAGAGCUCUCAGAAUGGAGCGAUGCCAAACUUUGGACAAUAAAUUUAUCUGACGUAAAUAAAUUUAUUCGUGGCGCAGC